UUGUAUACAACUUGAAUUUAAUUUCACUAUUUACGUAUUGUUUUAGUUUAACCCUAAUUCAAAAUUAUUAGGGGCAUGCAACAGAGUUCAACACAAAUUCUUGGAAAUAAUAUGGGAAGUGGUUAGACCUCCGGCACGGCACUGAAAGUAAAUAUAAAUGUUUAUCAGAAAUUUAACGAUUGUUUGAAGCUCGAAGGCGCAGCGUCAAAGUAGGCUUGCAAAAGCCCAUCCUAAUGGUUGUGGGACGGGCGGUGACGAUGGUGUUAUGUUUCCUGAACUGUGUAAUUUGUAAGGCGGGAGCGAUUUGAUUUUAAACAGAGACAAUAAAUCCGUUUAUAUAUCGCCUCUAUAUAUUCUCCAAGACGAAUCCUACCGCAACUCUUCGUUGCUUAAGUACGCGUGUCGCUCGCAUGUGACCAUUUUCAGUAUUAUGCGGUCCGAUCGAAAAACGCUUUUUUGCAUUUUUCUGCUCCAUUGUUUCGUGAACACGGUGUUUAGUGAUAUUGUAACCCAACACAAACGAUCAAUUGACUAUCAUAAUGUCCACAAGCAACAGAAUACUCACGCAAUGCUUAAUAACAUAGGAGAAAAAGUGCACAACUUAAAUGUACUUUACACAACUAAUUUUGAAAGCCAAUUAAAUAAUUACGGAGUAAAAUUAGAUGCCAUAGAUGCAAGAAUUAUAAGAUUGGAAACGUUGGUUAUGCUGAGCUUGGAUAAAAUUUCAGAAAAUAUUAGCAGUAAAAAUUUUAAAGAUGAUAUGGCAAAUACAAAUAUGCACCGAAAAGUUGAUUCAAUUUAUGAGAGUUUCAAUCACAAGCUAAAUUAUAUGGAAAGAAAAAUUGAUCAUAACCUUCAGAAAACACAGGGAAAAUUGGAGGUCGCAUUGUCACGUUUGGAAAAAAUGGAAACCCUGAUGACCAAUAAAGAUGCGGAAAUGGCGGCUGAUAUAUCAGAAGCUUUAGUAGCAGUAGACAAUUUUAGGUCUUCACAAGAUCUCACGGAGGAAGUUAUAACUGAAUUUAAAAAGAUAUCUGCAGGAUUGAAUUUGGACGCUAAAUUCUUUAGUUUAGAAAAUCAAUUAACUAGACUUGGCGAUGUUGUUUUAAAAACCGACAAGGAUUUGGAUGACAAAUUGAAUUACACUAAAACUCUCUUCGUUGAAAAUAAAAACGAACUUGUAUUGAUGAAGAAGGAAAUUAAAGAUGAUUUAAACAACUACGCAGUAAAGGUUUCUGAACUGGGCACUUUUAAAGGAAAAUCAGAAUCUGGCAUUCCAAAACAAUUAAAUACAAUAACAAAAAUGCUAAAUUGGACCCAAACAAACAUGCAGAAUGGCAUGCGGUCUUUAAUGGUGCAAGUAGGCAAACUUGGAAAGAUCUCAACAAAUAUAAGUGAAAAUUUUACUGAGGAAUUAGAAAAUAAUAUUCAAAAAGUUUUAUCAAAUCAAGAAAUAUUUUUGGAGAGCUGUCACAGAGUUCAAAUGGAUGAAGCCCAAAUUGAAUCAGAAAUAAGUACAACAUUGGAAAAACUAAUUGACAUGUUAUCAAAAAAACAAGAUUUAGAAUUAAAGGAAAUAAAAAAUAUUGAAAAAAUAAUAAAGAACCAUGAUAGCAAAAUCUAUAAGGCUUUAAAUAUAGCUAAUAAUAAUAUUUUAACUCUAUUUGAUGCCAAUGGGAAACAAACUGAAAAAGUUACAAAUGAGUUGCAAAAAAUUUGCCAUGAUAUUGAUGCCUUGUUCACAGUUAUUAAGGAUAGUAUGCAUUCUAUUUCAAAAAGAAACGAAACAUAUAUUAAUGUUUUACUUGCUGAAUUAGGCUUAAUUAAAACCAGAUUGAACUAUAUACAAUAUGAAAGCUUUCCUGACCUCUCACCAGACCUUAAUGAUAUUAAACAAAUGUUAAAUAGCAUUAAAAACAGCACACACUAUAAUGAAGACAUACAACAAAUUAUUAAAACAUUAAACAACAUUGAAAUAUCAGUUAACAACUCAUUUAAAAUAGUAAAUGAAAAAAAUUUACAUGAAAUUAAGGAUAGUUUGGCAACAAUUUUGUAUACAUAUUUAAAAAAGAACCAAACUGAACAAUUGGAUGAAGAAAAUAUAAAUACUACAACAGAAAAUUUAAUUCUUGAAAAUACUACAUUAAAAUUAAGUAAUGAAGAUAUUGAACAAAGAGAAAAGUCAAUAUUGGACAUUUUUGGAGUAUUUAUAAAAAAAGACAACAAUGCACCAAACAUAACUUUUAAUAAUUCAGAUUCAAUAGUUGUAACAGAACCAAAUAAAAAAUGUAGAAUAAAUAUAUUAGGAUUAAUUGAUGUAAGAAAUAGAGGUACCGAUUGUGAUGAAACAACGGAUGCAACAAUCGAAGACAUGAGAACUACAACAUAUGAUGAUUUAAAAGACAUACAAGAUGAAGAUGAAUAUACAUCACCUAAAUAACUUAUUUGUUAAAAUAAUUUUUUAAGAUAAAUAAAAAUUGCAACAAA